AUGCUAUACUUCAUACUCUCUUUGAUUCAUGGCUACAUGAAUCCUGGCUAUGAAACCUACAAAAUCUUAACUUACUUUAUACCUGAUUUACUGUUAUGUCUGAUGAACAUGAUCGUGACAUUUUAUUUCUAUCCUAACCUCAAGGAAACUAAUAAGUAUUUAAGCAGUCCUAAGAUGCUCAUUGUCAAUGCUGGAUUUUACAUUAACAUUCUGACAACAAUAUACUAUAUAAUCCUAUAUUGGUAUAUGACCGAGAGAGGGAUCACAGGGGAAGAUUGUACACCUGAAGAGUCAUUUUUGUGUACGAACUGGAGAUAAACACCUGAGAUUUGGAAAUAUAAGCUACCAGCUAAUUGUAACGCUUUAUUUUUCAAACUAUAUGCUGAUUAUAUCAAGUAUAGAGCUAUCUAAUCAAUUGAUUCAUAAAAAUGA